AUGACAGGAACCAUACCAAGCUGCAUCACCAAGCUUCGGAAUCUUAGUUUCUGUGAUGUUUCCCACAACUCAUUUAGAGGAACAGUUAUGCUUAAUGAACUAAACCUAACUUCUUUAGACCUGAGUUAUAAUAAGUUAACAGUAGUUAUAGAUCAACACCAAUAUCCAUCACCUGGCUUUAGACUAGAGUUUUUACGAUUGAGAUCAUGCAAUCUAAAAGGAUUUAUCCCUGCUUUCAUUUGUAAUUUUACACUUUUGAAGUAUUUGGAUUUGUCUUAUAAUAACCUCACAGGAGCGAUCCCUUCCUGCAUCUCCAAACUCCAAAAUCUCAAUCACUUAGAUUUGUCUAACAACAAACUUCGCGGUCCUUUGCCUCUUCCGCCACAAGCUGUCGACACUUUCAAUUUAUCACAUAAUAAACUUAAUGGUGAAAUCUCUAUGGGAGCUGGGGAAAGACUGUCUAGAGCAUCCUUAGUUAUUCUAAAUAACAAUGAAAUUUCAGGUUCAAUUCCUUCUUCAAUAUGUUCACAGAAAGCAGGAAAACUGCGAACAAUUGAUUUCUCUUACAACAAACUAUCUGGGAUUAUACCUUCCAGUAUAGGGUACUGCAAUUCUCUUCAUAAUCUAAACCUCGGCAACAACAAUCUGACUGGAAAUAUUCCAAAUGAGCUUCCAUUUCAGCUGGGUCAUCUUCAAUUAAACAACAAUAAUCUCAAUGGUGUGCUUCCAGAGUCCACCGUAGGACUUUUGUCUUUGACAGUUCUCAACUUAGGAAACAACAACUUUGAAGGUGUUUUACCCAGGGGUCUUGGUUCACUGAAUUCCCUUGCAUUCAUUUCUUUAAGGUCGAACAACUUCACUGGCUCCAUACCUGAAGAUAUUACCCAAUUGAACAAGCUUCUAAUACUAGACUUGUCAAUGAACAACCUAUCAGGUCCAAUUCCUAUGAAAAUAGGAAGCUGGGCAAAGCUAACAAGUAUGUCUACAGACAACUUCAUAGUAGAGUCGGACGUUCAAUUUCAGUUGGUUAUCAAGGGUACCAGCUCACAAUUUGAUUUACUGGAAGGCUUCAUAUCGGGGAUAGAUCUAUCGUGCAACAUUCUCGACGGGAACAUUCCAGAAGAGAUAGGGCUAUUACAGGGACUUGUUAUGCUUAAUCUAUCUCAUAAUCUUUUCUCGGGUAUUAUCCCAGCUAGUGUCGGGAACAUGUCUGGUCUAGAGUCUUUGGAUUUGAGUUCCAAUAGACUUUCUGGACAGAUCCCACAGAGUUUGACAUACAUUGACUCCCUUGGGGUUCUGAACUUAUCUCAUAAUAAUUUGAGCGGGAGGAUUCCUAGAGGAAAUCACUUUGAAACACUGAGUUUGGAUGGUUCCGCUUUUGCUGGGAACGAUUUAUUGUGUGGAUUUCCUACAGAGAAACUUUGCGACGACGACAAUAAUAUUAGUACAGGUAGUACUAAUCCUUCAAGUAAAGCUGAUGGAAAAGAGAAGUUUUUAUUGUAUGCUAUAGUUGCAAUGGGGUUUACAAUUGGAAUUUGGGGUUGA